AUGAGCGAACGAAAUCAAGGAAAUGAACAUGCAAACGGACUGGAAGCUCUGCAUAGCCUCUAUGGCAGCACACAGCCCACCAAGCAUCAGCUUCACCUUUCGCUUGCGAACUGUUUGAACUCGGGUGUUGGUGCUGCUGGAAAUCCCCAUCAACAACAUCAACAACAUCAACAACAACUGCAACAAUUGCAACUGCUGCAGUCCUUGAUGCGGCAGCAGCCGAUUCCAAAGCAUCAAUGGAAUCAACCUCUCACACAUCCGUUUGGCCAGCAGCCGACGCGCUCCUUUAUGAUGCCCGCCAACAACGCCAAGAAUGCUGGGCAUUUGCCUACAUCGCUUGCUGCUUUGCCCUCCGAUCUACAGUCACAGCUGUUACGAUCGCUUGCCAACCCACCAUCACCAUCACCAUCACCAUCACCAUCACCAUCACCAUCACCAUCACCACCACCACCACCACCACCACCAAUAUCGAGCUCUCAAAACGCGGAUCUUCGCGUGGCGCUUGAAAACCAAAGCAUCCUCGAAAGAGCAACAGCUCUCAAUGAGAUCGAGAUCAGAAGAGCUCUAGCAGCAGGAGGACAAGAACAACAUCAAUGCUUUCGUACCGGCAAUAAUGGAACCACAAGCAGUCAUCAAAGUCCCUCCAGAGUAUACAUUGAAGUCGACUCGGUUGCCAGGCCAAUGCCACCAAUAUCUGACGAGGCAAACACUAGGUCGGAUGACUCUGCACCAGAUCAAUCUCAGUCGGAUCGAACUCAAUCGCUCUGCCCACCCUUGUUGCCAUGCUUUGCUGUGGGCGAACAACAAGAUGGUGUGCGGGAUCUGAGAAUGAUUCAAGACAGCUCUUGGGAAACACGUUUUCAGGAACUCGUGCAAUUCAAACAAGAACAUGGUCAUUGUAACGUCCCAAGACGGUACAAAGGCAACCCCAAGCUUGGUGUCUGGGUUUGCAGCAUCCGGCAGCAAAUGACCCGGGGCACUCUCAACAAAGCCAAGGUGGAACGCUUGGAUGCGAUUGGCUUCCAAUGGCGAAUAAGCGUCAUCAAAGGAGGUCAGAUCAAUCCUCAAAUAGCCAAGAAUCGGCAAUGGGUCGAAAGCUUUCGCCUGCUUGCAUCCAUCAAGGACCGAACUGGAACUUGCUCGGUUCCAGCUUCCAGCAAUCGCAAGUUGACCAAAUGGGUUAGCAAACAACGAAAGGAAAUGAAUCAAGGCAAGUUGUCCACGGACAAACAAGAAAAGCUGAAUUCAAUAGGUUUCCACUGGAAACCAUCAAUCAGGGGACUAGCGCCAUCGGAUGACGGUACGAGCUACUGUGCCAAGCCGAUAUCACACUGUGGUUCUAUCGGAGGGGCUUCUGUGCAUUUUUAA